AUGGCGACCGCCGGAGUAGGAAGCAUUACAAACGGCAUAGAUAGUCUGGGUGUCGCAGAAAACGAUACGACAAAUGAACAUCCAGUUGCAGAAUUAGAUGAACAUAAGCAAAAGUGGGGAUUUUCGCUUGAGGAAGUUUAUAAAAUUGCUCUCAAGUUCUUUAAAGAAAAAGAAGGCAAAGCUCUUCAGCUUACUUACCAGACCAAACUGAAGCUGGUCGCUUUGACAAAACAAGCUGCUUUUGGGAAAUUUAGACCAGACGUGUCACCAGAUGUGGGAUUUUUAGAUAUAGAAUUACACGUAAAUACAUGGACAGAUAUGCAGAAUAACAUUGGUGAAGAAUUUAUAGAAUCAAAGCAGCAAGCAUGGCAGGCAUUGGGAGAUACAUCCAAGGUAGAAGCCAUGGCAGAAUUUGUGAAGAAAAUGGCAGAAUCCUGCUCGUUGUUUCAGCCUUAUGUGGAGGCACACAGAGCAGAGAAAGAAGAGGCAGAGAGAAAACA